UCUAAUAACUAGUAACUAAGAGCGCAAUAUGAAGUGCCUAACGCUGCUUUUCUUGGCGCUGAUAACACUUAUCGGGCGUCCUCCACGGACCGAGGGCGCCAAGAUCUUGGCCACAUUCGCAUUCCCCGGCCGCUCCCAGUACAUAUUCGCCGAGGCGUAUUUGAAGGCGCUAGCAGCGCGGGGCCAUGAGGUCACCGUGAUCAAUACCUUCGAAAACAAGCCAGUGCCGAAUAUGCGAUUUAUAUCGGCUCCCAAAAUACACAAACAUUACGCAGAGGCUAUGCAGGUAAUGCAAGCUGAUGAGUCGUUCUUGCAAAAGCAGAAAAGUUUCAGCUGGCUGCUGGGCAUUAUAAGCGAAUGCCUAUUGGAGAACGAGUCAGUGCAGGAGCUGCUGAAGUCCGGCGAAACGUUCGAUUUGGUCAUUGCCGAGGUGCUGCACACGGAAGCGCUGUACGGCUUUGCUCAGCACUUCAAUGCGACCCUUAUGGGUUUCUCGACCUAUGGCACCGAUUACAAUAUCGACGAGCUCAUGGGUAACAUAUCGCCGAUGGCCUACAAUCCGCUCAUCAGCUCGCCACGGUCCAAUCCCAUGAGCUUCGUCGAGCGCCUGGAGAAUAAUUUGGAAAUUUGGCUGGAAAAAUUGGUGUACGAGUUCUACCACUAUCCCAAGAUGGAGAAACAGUACUCAAAAUACUUUCCCAAUGCAACACGAACUCUGCCCGAGGUUCUGGACAGCUUUUCUCUAAUGCUGCUCGGCCAACACUUCUCGGUGAGCUACCCGAGACCGUACCUGCCCAACAUGAUUGAAGUGGGCGGCCUUCACAUCUCGCACAAGCCGAAAGCGCUGCCCGACGACAUCAAACAGUUUAUCGAAAGYUCCGCUCAUGGCGUCAUAUACUUUUCGUUGGGCUCGAAUGUGAGGAGUAAAGAUUUGCCCGAGUCCACUCGGGAUACCCUGCUCAAAGUGUUUGGCAGCCUCAAGCAGCGCGUGCUCUGGAAGUUCGAGGACAAUCUGCUGCCCGGCAAGCCGGACAAUGUGUUCAUCAGCAAGUGGUUCCCCCAGCCGGACAUCCUGGCGCAUCCCAAUGUGAAACUCUUCAUCACACACGGCGGCCUGCUGAGCACCAUGGAGAGCAUCUACUUCGGCAAGCCGGUGCUGGGGCUGCCCGGUAAGUGUAUUUGCAUGUAUGCCAACAGUGUGUCCACAUGGCGCAGGACAUUAUAA